UGCCUGUGUGCAAAGACAGGGUAAACAAGAAGAGGGAUUUAAGUUAAGUUCCAUGUUCUUUGUGCGCGUUUUCGGUGCACGCAAACUCCGGCUCACUAAAAAGUUCCGAACUGGAAGGGGUCCCUCCCAAGCAGCAGAGACAACACCCUAAAUAUUUCCCUCAGAACUUCAGCGCAUGUCCGCCACCUUCUACUGCCCGUGUUCACACUCCACGGUGGGAGCUGCGUCUUCUAACGGCCCCUUUGAGUAGCUUUACUUGGAUGGUGUGCUCAUCGGUUUACAUAAAGAAAACAGCUGCUUAAUCCAGCACAAUGGCUUCCAUCAGUGAUGAGACCUCCUUGGAGAUGGAUGACAUGUCAGAAGAUGGUGAGAUGAUCGUUUCGGAUGAGAUGGAACAAUCGGUUAUACAGACAUAUGGGACAAUUCAAGAGAGUCUCCCCAGAGUUCCCACUGCUGAGAUUGUGGAAUUUGAUUUGAAUCCUGAGUCCCUAUAUUUCAAUGAUAAUGAACGGCGAAUUGACUAUGUUCUUGUAUAUGAAGAUGAGACCAUAAAGGAACAGAACACCAAAAAAAAUAUUCAUCAAAAGCAGAUGAAAAAGCGACAAGCAUACGAGUCGAACCUUAUGAGACAUGGCUUACAGCUGGAAGCAACUAGAGCUGUGUCGGAUGAAAAACUUAUUUUUGUCAAAGUGCAUGCGCCCUGGGAAGUAUUGUGCACAUAUGCCGAAGUGAUGCAUAUCAAGCUCCCUUUGCAGCCCAAUGACUUAAAAACCCGGCAUUCAGCAUUUAAUUGGUUCACAAAAAUCUUUAGCGUUGAUGAAGAUAUCAUAAAACCCGAGCAAGAGUUCUUCACUGCACCCUUUGAAAAGGAUCGUCUUGUUGAUUUUUAUAUUCAGGAUAGAGAGAGCUUCUUCAACCCGGCAACAAGAAGUCGAAUCGUCCAAUUUAUUCUUUCUCGCGUCGAGUAUGCCGUGAAAGAUCAUGUCAAGAAAUUUGGCAUUAACAAACUGGUGGAUUCAGGAAUCUACAAGGCAGCAUUUCCCCUUCAUGAUUGUAGGUUUAACGUGAAAUCUAAGGAUACCAGAUGCCCCAGCGAGCGAUAUCUGCUGUUCCGGGAAUGGGCACACCCCCGCAGCUUUUUCAAGUUACAGCCCUUGGAUCUUGUAAGGAAGUAUUAUGGUGAAAAGGUUGGAAUCUAUUUUGCUUGGCUUGGUUUCUACACACGUAUGUUGCUGGUGGCAGCAAUAGUAGGCCUUGGAUGUUUCUUAUAUGGCUAUAAGUCUCAGGAAACGUGUACGUGGAGCAAAGAAGUAUGUGACCCAAACAUUGGAGGAGAAAUCAUUAUGUGUCCCCAAUGUGACAAAGAAUGUACUUACUGGCAUCUUAACAUAACGUGUGCGUCAUCUAAGAAACUUUGUAUAUUUGACAGUUUUGGUACGCUUGUGUUUGCUGUAUUCAUGGGAAUAUGGGUUACUCUCUUCCUCGAGUUUUGGAAGCGUAGGCAAGCUGAGCUGGAGUAUGAGUGGGACACAGUUGAAUUCCUGGACCAAGAAGAACAGCCCAGACCAGAAUAUGAGGCAAAAUGCACCCACGUGGUUAGAAAUCCUAUAUCUCAGCAAGAAGAGCAUGUGCCUUACACAGCCUGUGGGAAGUGCCUGAGGAUAACCUUCUGUACAAGUGCAGUUUUUUUCUGGAUUCUUUUGAUCGUGGCAUCAGUAGUUGGUAUUAUUGUAUACCGACUUUCGGUUUUCUUGGUAUUUUCUGCAACGUUGCCACGGAACAUCAAUGGAACAGAGGCAAUCCAGAAGUACUUGACGCCGCAAACGGCUACCACAGUUACAGCAUCCAUUCUUAGCUUCAUAAUCAUCAUGCUUCUUAACAUGCUGUACGAGAGAGUAGCAAUUAUGAUCACAGACUUUGAAUUACCACGGACAAAGACGGAGUAUGAAAACAGUCUAACCACAAAGAUGUUUCUGUUCCAGUUUGUCAACUACUAUUCCUCUUGCUUCUACAUUGCUUUUUUCAAGGGGAAAUUUGUAGGCUACCCUGGAGACCCAGUUUAUUGGUUUGGAAGAUAUCGUAAUGAGGAGUGUGAUCCAGGCGGUUGCCUCCUGGAGCUUACAACACAACUCACCAUCAUAAUGGGAGGCAAAGCCAUCUGGAAUAACAUACAGGAAAUACUUCUUCCCUGGGUUAAGAAUAUUAUUAGUCGAUGUCGCUCACCAGGGACGGAGCACUUGCAGCCCAUUGGGAAGCUUGGAUUAUUUUAUGAAUACCUUGAGAUGGUUAUUCAGUUUGGAUUUGUUACCUUGUUCGUUGCUUCAUUUCCACUUGCACCACUCUUGGCACUUGUUAAUAACCUAUUGGAAAUCCGAGUCGAUGCGUGGAAAAUCACCACCCAAUGUAGACGAAUGGUAUCAGAAAAAGCACAGGAUAUUGGAGCAUGGCAACCAAUCAUGCAAGGAAUAGCGCUUUUGGCCGUGGUGACAAAUGCUAUGAUCAUUGCAUUUACAUCUGAUAUGAUUCCUCGUUUGGUGUAUUAUUGGUCUUUCUCUGUGCCUCCUUAUGGAGAUCACAGUUCAUACACAAUGGAAGGAUAUAUAAAUAAUACACUCUCAGUCUUCAACAUAGCUGAUUUCAAGAAUGAGAGCAAACCUGUUCCGCUGCCUUGGUUUGGCGACAGAACAACAUGCAGAUACCGUGAUUUCAGAUACCCUCCUGGCCACGAACAUCAGUAUGAGCACAGCAUAUAUUACUGGCACGUUAUUGCUGCCAAACUCUCAUUCAUCAUUGUAAUGGAGCAUAUUGUCUAUUUUGUGAAGUUCAUUAUAUCAUACAUUAUCCCUGACAUUUCCAAUGAGACCAGAGACAAAAUCAAGAGAGAAAAAUACCUCACACAGAAGCUGUUACACGAGAGACAUUUGAAGAUUGUGAAGAAACAGAUGGGAAAUUUAGCUGACAGGAUUUUAAAAGACGGAGGAACUUCCAUAUUAAGUAAACUGGAGUAGACCUUCAAUGGACGUGUCCCUUAGAACUGUGAAACAGUCUAAGAUUGUAAAGUCCCCCACAGUGCAAAGCACUGUAUCUU